CAUCCUGUGCAGCUGUAAACACUGGUCUACUGGAGGGCUGGUGACUUUCAGAAGACAAGUAGGAACUAUUGAUAGGACUGCCUCUGAAACCGGAGUUAGAAAUCUUCUGAAAGUUGCUGAGAACUCAUUGGAACCAAAGGGUUGGUCCAUGGACACAGCACUGGCAGCCCUAUCAUGAUGUCACAACCUAUGUCCAAAGAGACCGUUUUAGUAGUCACGACAAAUGGCAUGAAUUUCCCUCAAACAGAGAAAUCAGAAACUAUCAACCAGAGGCAGGAUAGCCUGAAGAAAUACGUAAAGGCAGAAGUCAAAGUUAUUGGGACUAUCCAGAUUAUGUGUGGAAUGAUGGUGCUGAGCUUGGGUAUCACGUUGGCAUCUGCUUUAUUUUCUCCACAUUUUACCUCCGUGAUUUCUCCCCUGGUGAAGUCCUGCUACCCAUUUAUAGGAGCCUUGUGUUUUAUCAUCUCUGGAUCUCUAUCAGUCACCACAGAGAAAAAAUCAACUAAGACUCUGGUUCACAGCAAUCUGGUCUUCAGCAUUCUGAGUACUCUGGCUGCUCUAGUGGGUUUCAUUAUUCUCUCUGUCAACCUGGCUGCUUUGAGUCCUGCUCUCCAACGGUGUGAGCUGGACAAAGAGUCCCUCCCAACCUCAUCUUAUUAUUAUCAUCAUGAUCCAUAUGGUAAAAAUGACUGCUUCACGGCCAGCGCUAGUCUGGCUGGAACUUUGUCUGUGAUGCUGAUUGGCACCGUGUUGGAGCUCUGCUUGGCUGUGCUCAUCACUAUGCUUUGGUGGAAACAGGUUCACGCUGACAUCCCCAGGAGUGUGCUUUUCCUGCCUCAUGGUCCCAGUGAUAUAUACACCAUGCCAUAUAACACGCCUGCUGACUCUGGAUAUGAAGAGCUAAUAACUUCCUAAGAAAAAGAAAAAGGAGAAAAUAUUCAUCAGAAACUUGGUCUUUAUGAUAGCAGAGAAACCUAACCAUCAUAAGAAAGGAAAGUUUGAAUUCCUUAAAAAAUGAUACUUUGUGUGCAAAAUGGGCAUUCAAAAAUGUAUUUUUUUUUUGUCAUCGAAUAUACACGUGCAAUGGAAGUCACUUGAUUUGCUGAUAGCGACCUCAGCUAAAGCACAGUGCUGUGGUUACCAUUUCCUAGAUUGGCCCAUCACAGACAUUUCCCAGACAUACAGGCAGAAUGGUGACUCAGGGAAUCCUGGUGAAAGAAAGGAAGCAACUUACUCUAGUACUACUUGUCAAUAGAAGUUAACCGAUUUGUUGUUGUGUUCAGACUUUUCUAUACCAGGGGUUUUCCACGUGCAUUUCACUCAUUAGUGCAUGGAGACAAGUUCUAUACAACAAAGUUCGAGGGUCUAUAAAAAUGUUUGGCUUCAAAAAUAAAAUCUUUAUGUGCCUGCACA